GCUACUUGCUGCAACAAGCUUUUCAGUCUGCUGAAAACAACUCAGUAGUUUGAAGUCGCUUUUGAAGAUUUGCCCUCCACCCUUUUUUUGUUUUAUAUUAGAUGGAGCUUCGACGACACUGCAGUUUACCGGCGGAAUUGAUAAGAAACAAGCCUUCAACAAAAAAAAAUCAACCGUUUUUAUUUCUGAAGAGGAUGUUAGCAUGAGCUUUACGUGGCUUUAAACUGAUUGCUAGCGGAGAGGCUAGCUAGUUUGUUUGGCCAGCGUUUGGUUAACAGUGACUGAAAGCUGUGGGGAUGUUGAGUAUUGAAUAAUGGUCUUAAAGUGAGCCUACGUUGUCUUUAUUUGCUUCAGGUGAUCAGUUUCAAUUGGUUUCCAGUGUUGUCACGUUAUAUUACGCCAUUAAGUAAGCUCCUUUGCUGGAUUAGCAGUUAGCAGUUAGUCUGUUUAGUUGUCUUAGCGGUAUGGUUCAUCUGGUUGUUUGAUGGGGCUUUUACGGAUCAUGAUGCCGCCCAAGAUCCAGCUUUUGGCUGUUUUGGCGUUCGGGGUUGGGAUGCUCUUCAUCGAGAACCAGAUCCAGAAACUGGAGGAGUCCAGAGCUAAACUCGAACGCAUCAUUGCCAGGCACGAGGUGGCUGAAGUGGAGCAGCGUCACAGUGAAGAUUCUGGCAGGGAAUUGCCACCACUGUCAGAAAACGAUGACAUGGUUAUCAUCUACAACAGAGUGCCCAAGACGGCCAGCACGUCCUUCACUAACAUCGCCUACGACCUGUGUGGGAAGAACCGCUUCCAUGUUCUUCACAUUAACACGACCAAAAACAAUCCUGUCAUGUCUUUACAGGACCAGGUCCGCUUUGUCAGAAACGUCACCUCGUGGAGAGAGAUGAAACCCGGCUUCUACCAUGGACACGUAGCUUAUCUGGACUUCUCAAAGUAUAGUGCAAAGAAAAAGCCAAUGUACAUAAAUGUGGUGCGGGAUCCUAUAGAGCGCCUGGUGUCAUACUACUACUUCUUACGCUUUGGGGAUGACUACAGACCUGGACUACGACGAAGGAAACAAGGAGACAAAAAGACGUUUGAUGAGUGUGUGUCAUCAGGAGGGUCUGACUGUGCUCCUGAGAAACUCUGGCUGCAGAUCCCUUUCUUCUGUGGACACCAUUCAGAGUGCUGGAAUGCAGGCAGCAGGUGGGCUCUGGAGCAGGCCAAGUACAACCUGGUGAACGAGUACCUGCUGGUCGGAGUGACUGAGGAGCUGGAGGACUUCGUCAUGAUCCUGGAGGCUGCACUGCCUCGCUUCUUUAAGGGGGCCACCGAGCUCUACAGAACAGGAAAGAAGUCCCAUCUGCGCAAGACCACCGAAAAGAAGCCCCCUACCAAAGAGACAAUAUCCAAGCUGCAGCAGUCCAACAUCUGGAAAAUCGAAAACGAGUUUUAUGAGUUUGCACUCGAACAGUUUCAGUUUGUGCGAGCCCAUGCUGUCAGGGAAAAGGACGGAGAACUUUUUGUCCUGGCUCAGAGCUUCUUCUAUGAAAAGAUUUACCCAAAAGUGAACUAAAAGUGCAGCUGGAGGAAUAAACACGGCAGCAGGAGGACUUUGUGAGGACUCUAUUUGAAGUCUUAUACACUGGGAGGAAAAGACACACAAGUGAUGCUGGUGAAUUCUUUCACUUGGGUUCAAAUUUAGAGCCUGUUACAGAAAUCCCUUUCAGGCUGUGCAGUAGAAUUUUUAUGAGGAAUGUGUCUAAUUUUUUUACUGCUGGUGCAGCUGUUGAAGAGACUUAACAUGGAUAAACUGUCAAUCUGAACAGUGAGAAAGGAUUCAAGCCAAGGGUGAAAUAGUUCCUGAAUGUGUCUACAAACCCAAAACAGAAGCAGCCUUCAGUUUAUUGAGCAUUGUGUUUGAUUUUUGGAUGGAUCAUAAAAAAAAAAAGUAACUUCAUCAAAGUUAAUCAAGUUUAAAAACCACAUGUGUUUUUCCCCUAUCAUUUGACAGAUCUGAAAUUCAAAAAAGCUUGAAAAGAUCCAUUUUGUCUUUGUUUUUGCACACUAAAUUAUAGAUGCACAAUUUCUUGUUUACAUUAAAUCAGAGCUGCAUUUGUACAUAUUUGUAUCAGCAGUGAACGUGUUCUAGGACCAAAUGGUAGCUAAAGGAAACAGAUUGGACCAUAGCAUCCUUCGGUGCGUGACUAGUAAUUUUUUACCUCACUGAGAUGUUCUCAAUUUUAGACAUGUUGACAUUAUAUCAGUAUUUUAUCACAGAGAUAGAGCAGUGUAUCAUUUAUACAACAGACAGGCUGCUGGUUUUUUAUCCUGUGAGGACCACAGCUGGAGCAGGAGGUACCGAUCAAACUAAGGAGUAAGGGCCGGUGUCCACAGCCACCCUUUUUGCAAUGGCAGUGCCCACAGCCUCAUUUUCAGAGCACUUCUCACUAGCUUUUAUUAUUAUUAUGAUGGUUCACUUUUACUUUCCUCAGCAAUAUCUGUCACAUCAUUUUUAAAAAGCUCACUGUGUUAAAUGUUUUUUUUUAUUCAAAGAAUUACCAUUAAAAAAAUCCCACUAAAUGCAGUGCAAAAAAAUCCUGCAAAGCAUUUUCAGCAGCUGUAGACCGAGAAAUUGGUGUUAAUUGGCCAGUGAAGUAGAAGUAACAUUGACAAGGAUGGUAAAAGCAUUUUUGUUAAGCACUAAAAAUUCUGGACUACAUUGGUUUUGGUGUUGAAAAUGACUGCUGCCAUCGUAGAGCAAUGGUGUUUGUGGACACAGACCGUAAAUAUUAGUCAUACAGGGUUUAGCAGAGCUUUGACUUGGAUACAGGGUCGUUUCCAGUGAGGAAAGACGGCCAAAACUCUUAAUUGAUAGUGCCUUUAUUACAAUGUUAAGGACAUUUUCAUAACUACAUUUUCCAGUGAUUCCUCCUCUCAUGUUUUAUGUGUGAAUUCUAAUGAACUACAAUUCCUGUUUUCUUCUCUUUCACAUUUAUUCCAUUAACAAAAAUGCUGAUACAUGCAUACAAAUGUCUUGCCACAUUUAAUGCUUCCUGUUUUUUGUACUAAAAGUUGUUGAUAAAGGUGUCUGACUGUU